AUGGCCAUAGAUUACGUUAAUGUACUAGAAAAGAUCGAUAAUAGUAUACAAGGUAUAAACUCACUACCUGAAUUCGAUUAUUUUUUCAAUGAAAGUAGCGUAAAGCCUCAAUCUCUUCCAGAAUUUCUAGAUAAGCGCUUCAAUCUUGUAAAAUCAGAUACAAUAUGUUCAAAUUCUAUCGAUGCUAAUGUGGAGGAUAAUACAUUUGUAAAAACUUUAAAUUCUUCCAGUAGAACAAUAGAUAGCGAUGUAGAAAAUAAUUACAAUAAUCUAUUGCGUACAAAUUACUCUAAACUGCAACUAGCCGCGCCUAUAAUUGAGAUUGAUAACGUCGAAGAAGCUUAUUCGAAUAAUUUAGAGGAAUGGUGUCUUUCACCAGAGAAUCCUAUUACUAUUAUUCGAGGCAUGGCCAAAGCGGUCGACAUGAACCUUGAUCUGUUCUCAUCGAGAUCAUUAGCAAAUAAUAGCGCCGAUGAUCAAAUUGAGGUACGAAGUCAACGCCAACAAACGUCAGACGAAAAUUGGGAUUCACGUUAUCGAAAAAGAACUUGGCUUUGUGAAAGUAAUCGGGCUUAUACUACAAUUGCUAAAUAUGCGCGCUAUCAAGCUGCUUCGAUACGAGAAUUGCUACAAAAUGACGAAUCAUCAGCUGAAUCACCAUACUCCGAUAGUAGCAGCAACUCUGGCCAAAGCAGUAACAGAGGAGCUAAGAGGAGAAAAUUAAAUCAACAUAAAAUGGUAAAAUUUGGCACAAAUGUUGACCUAUCAAACCAACAAAAAUGGAAGAUGCAACUAAAAGAAAUGGACAAAUUACCCCAGUUUCUUAAAGUGGCAUCACGUCAAAAUAUGUUAACCUACCUCGGUUACGAAAUUCUAGGUAUGAACUCAGUCCAGUUAUACAUGAAAGUACCAGGAUGCCGUACUCCUGGCCAUCAAGAAAACAAUAAUUUAUGCUCUGUCAACAUUAAUGUCGGACCUGGUGAUUGUGAAUGGUUUGGAGUACCCGUUCACAAUUGGAGAUCUAUCGAAAAGUUAUGUAAAAAAAACAAAGUAGACUUUCUCACUGGAUCGUGGUGGCCAGUUCCUGAAGAAAUAUUUGAUCUAAAUGUUCCAUUAUACAGAUUUAUUCAAAAACCAGGUGAUAUCGUCUUUGUUAAUGUCGGUACCGUUCAUUGGGUGCAAUCUUUAGGAUGGUGUAAUAACAUCGCCUGGAACGUCGGCCCGAUAACAGCUAAUCAAUACAAAUGGGCAAUGGAACGAUACAAUUGUAAUAAAAUAGAAAGAUUUCACUCUAUUGUUCCGAUGAUAUUACUGAGUUGGAAUUUGGCAAAGAAUAUAAAGAUCAAAGAGAAAGUCUUACAAGGGCAUAUCGAAUCUAUCCUACUUCGAUCGAUGCAAGAUUGUAAAGAGACAUUAGCUGAAUUAGAGGCCUCCAAUACUAAAGUUAAAUGGCACGAAUAUCGCGAAAAUGAGCCUGCUCCGUGUUGUUGCCAAUGUAAAUGUGAAGUCUUUAAUAUUCUAUUCGUUACCGUAGACAAACCUUGUUUAGUUUAUUGCAAAAAAUGUGCUCAAAAUGGCACAAGUAAACAUGUCAGUACUUUUGUUGUUCUACAGCAGUUUAGUAUGGAAGAAUUGCAAAACAUAUACCACAACUUUGUUGGUCAUAUGUAG